AUUAGAACAUGCAGUACUAAAGCAGUAUAAACACACAUUAAAAGAAACCUCUAGCAAAUAAGUAACAAAGGAAAAAGUGAAAGACGUGCAUCGGAUUCAUUCUCCUCUGGAAAACCUUGCCAAAUUAAUUAACUUUUUUAAAAAUAAAAAAGAAAAAACGUAACAUUAAACGUGAAUUGUCUUUGAGUAGAAAGGCCAAGAAACAUCUUCUAGUGCUUACUUGCAAAGUCCUUUUGUUUAUAUGCCACCACCUACUAGAAACACUUAGACCCUUCAGCAACUGUCCUGAUCCAAAUCACAUACAAAGCUCACUUGUCUCUUUAAAACUUCAAAGCCGACUCGCAUCACCAUCUAAAACAUCAAACAGAAAACAUAUACGAUCAUACCUAUCUUUCCUUUCAUUUUCUUGGAGUUUCUUGACGUUGUCUUUCAAGUAAUAAAACCAAGUUCAAGAAUGGCUUUCGCACGUUUGGCUUUGAGGAGUUUAUCACAAAGGGUUAGCUCCUCUGCUUCUUCUUUGGUGGGUCAUGGUGUUAUUGAAAGGAGUGUCGGUGAUGGUGUGCAAAGCCAAAGAUGGAAUCGAGAAUUGUUGAAGAGGUUUAUGGCAACAGCUUCUGGUGAGGCAUCAGACGGGAAAGAAGUUGCUGUAAGUGAACGUGAUAACAAGAAGUCUAAGCUGUUUUCUAAGAAGAAAGGGAAGAGAGGUCUUUGGAGGAGGAACGGUGGAGAAUUUGUUCCACAACUCUAUGGGCUAGGAAAUGCCCUCUUGCAAGCAACUGAAAACAUCAACAGGCUAUUUGAAAACCUGAAUUUGUCACCAUCAAACCUGAUGAGAAGAUUGAAAGAGAAAGAGGAAUGCUACAAGCUGCGAUACGAGGUGCCAGGAGUAACAAAAGAGGACCUGAAGAUCACCGUUGAUGAUGGGGUUUUAACAAUAAAAGGAGAGCACAAGGAAGAGGAAGAAGAAGAAGGAUCAGAUGAUGAGCACUGGUCAAUGAGGAGCUAUGGAUACUAUAACACAAGUGUUCUGCUUCCUGAUGAUGCUAAAGCUGAUGAAAUUAAGGCUGAGUUGAAGAAUGGUGUUCUUCAUAUUACCAUUCCAAGAACUGAACAGCCUAAAAAGGAUGUGAAGGAGGUUCAAAUCCACUGAUGGUUUUUUUUUUUUUUUCCUUCUUCUUCUUCUUUUCUUAAUCAAAUGCUUGUUUGUUUCGUUGUGAUGUUUUCUGUACGAUCCUGGUUGAAUGAAAUAAAUAUGUGCUUAUGCAGUGUUAUUA